GUCUCCGCUGGCCAGCAGCUCGCUGCUCGCUCUUGUUUCACACACAGAGAGAGAAGAUGCCUGAAGCGGCCAAGUCUGCGCCCAAGAAGGGCUCCAAGAAAGCCGUCACCAAGACGGCCGCCAAAGGAGGCAAGAAGAAGAGGAAGACCAGGAAGGAGAGCUACGCCAUCUACGUCUACAAGGUGCUCAAGCAGGUGCACCCCGACACGGGCAUCUCCUCCAAGGCCAUGAGCAUCAUGAACUCCUUGGUCAACGACAUCUUCCAGCGCAUCGCCUCCGAGGCGUCUCGCCUGGCUCACUACAACAAGCGCUCCACCAUCACCUCCAGGGAGAUCCAGACGGCCGUGCGCCUCCUGCUGCCCGGUGAGCUGGCCAAGCACGCCGUGUCCGAGGGCACCAAGGCCGUCACCAAGUACACCAGCUCCAAGUAAACCACCUGCCC